AUGAAUAAAUUAAUAUUGGAUGCCAAUGCAUUUAUUAAAGAAAUCAAUUUUCAACACCUUUCAGAACAUUACACAUUCGUAACUCAUGAGGCUAUUCUUACUGAAGUCAGAGAUGAAAGAGCCAGAUAAAAAUUAUAAAAUUUCACUUACCCUCUCACCUUCUUAACACCAUCAGAGAAAAUGAUUAAAAUUGUUAAACAAUUUGCUACAUAAACAUCAGACAUAGCAUCAUUGUCACCUAUUGAUAUUGAACUUAUUGCUUUAGCUUGUACAAUAAUAGAAGAAAAUGGUUAGAAAGACAAAUUAAAAUUGGAACCUUUAAAACCAUUAGAAUUUAAUAAAAUUAAGAAUGUAUAUGGAUCUAAAAAUCAAUAAUAAUAAAUAGAAGAAGAAGAAGAAGAAGUAUAAUAAUAAGAAGAGAAUGAAUAAGUUUAAAAUAAAUAAUAAGAUGAAUAAACUUAAUAAAAAUCAGAAGAACCAGAGAAAUAAGAAAUAUCAUAAAAGAAUGAUGAUAAUAAUGAUGAUGAUGAUGAUUCUGAUGGAUGGGAAGAAGUUGUUCCAAAGAAAAAACAUUACAAUAAUUAUACUAAAUAAUCAAAUACAUAAUUGUAAACUAAAUAAGUUGAAGAUUAACAAGAGGAAUCAUCAGAAGAUGAUAAUGAUGAAGAAUGGAUUAAUAAUACAAAUAUUAAUGAAAAAUUAAAUGAAAUUUAAAUUAAUCCAUAAUAAGCUAAUCAAAUUGGUGUUGCUCUUUUGACUACUGACUUUGCUAUGCAAGUAUUAUUCAUUUUUUAAUUUAUAAGAAUGUACUAUUGUAAAUGGGUGUUCCUGUUUUAUCAACUGAAGGAUAUAUGAUUAAAAGUGCAAGAAGAUUCAUUUUAGAAUGUCAUAUAUGUAAAACAUUAGUCAGAGAUUCAACUAGACUUUUUUGUACUAAUUGUGGAAAUAAUUCAUUACUAAAAGUUUCAUGUUCUUUAGAAUCUGAUGGAACAAUAAUUUUAUAUAGAAAGAAGAAUUUCAAAGUUAAUCUUAGGGGAACUCAAGUAAAUUAAUAUAUUAAUAUUAAAUAGUAUUCAAUACCUUAGAAUUUAACUAAAAAGGAUGCUCCAUUUAUUUUCUGUUAAGAUCAAUUAAUGAAAAGUGGAAUUUAAUAAUAAUUAGCUAGAUAAGUAUUUUAUGUUGUUUAUAUUAAUUAGAGAAAAUAAGAAGAAUACAGAUACAAAAAGGUUAUGAAAACAUAUGAAAAUGGAAUUGGUUUUGAAGAUAUUGAUUAUAAACAUCCAAAAUAAAAAAUCACUGUUGGUUAUGGUAGAUUAAAUCCAAAUGAUGUAAAUGAUAUGAGAAAAAUAAAAAGAAAUAAAAAACAUUGAUGUAUA